AUGCAAUUGUUGAUCGCGGUAUGGAAUCGAGAGACAUGGUAUAAGAAUCGUGUCGGUCGAUCCAGAGAUGUUAUCAUCGAAGUGGACGACGGUGGUACUGUUGGUGACGUGGCAAACAAGCUGUCAGCUAGACUUGGCAUUCCACAUUCCAAUUUUCUUCUCAUCCUUUGUGGAAAUAAAUUGACCGAUAAUAUACCAAUCAGUACCCUCUUGCUUGGACCACAAACCUCGCUAACAGCAGUGGUCACUCAACUGUGUUCAUCAGAAGAAGAUGAGAAGCACAAGAGUGGAUCGUUAUCAUCUUCUGGAUACAACAGAUCAUCAGAAAUCACAUCGUUUAAGGUCUUUUGUAAAAAGUGCAAUUCAUUAAAAGAUGGUAAAUUACGGGUUUAUUGUGUUGAGUGUUCAUCCAGUUCAUUGAUUCUCACUAGAGAGCCUUCUGGUUGGAAUGACGUUCUCCUAAUAAAUACCAUACAAGCUGAUUGUAAAGACUGUGAAAAGAUAACGGCAGCACGUUUUUGUUUCAAAUGCGUUGGCUGUGGCGAGGUAGCAGUACCGCUAACACAUGUUAUUGUACAGCUGAACUGCCAUCAUCACACAUGCGUAGAAUGCUUUUCAACCUAUAUCAAAACAGCUUUUACUGAACAUCAAUUCUCAUUUAUACCACCAAAUGGUUACACCGUUGGUUGUCCGGUCUAUGAUUGUCGUGGAUGUGUUAUCGAUACGCACUGUUUUUAUUUGUUGGGCAAAUCGAAUUAUGAUGAAUAUCAACGACAAGCAGCAGAACGUUUCGUUACUCUGGAACAAGAAGGAAUGUUUUGCCCAAGAGCAAACUGCGGUGCUUCUUUCUUGUGGGAGUUUACUCCAUCAAAUCCUAUGAUAACUUGUCCGGAAUGUUAUUUCUCAUUUUGUGGCUUAUGUCAGCAGUUAGAAUGUAUUUGCUUGGAAUCCGAUGCUACUAAGAAAACAAUCGAGCGUACAUGUCGUAGAUGUCCUUCUUGUGGUACUCCAACAGAACGGAAUGGUGGUUGCGCUCACAUGCACUGUUUGCAGUGUAGUGAGCAUUGGUGCUUUUUGUGCGUCAAAUCAUGGAGCGAAGAUUGUCAGUGGAAUCACUGGUUCGACUGA